AAUAGAACUACAUUUUACCAGUGGACCCAAAGUGUUAAUGAGGGGAAUCUACAGCAUCUUGAGCUGGACCUGGAUUAAGACUUCAGAAGAAUGUCCAGUGACCAGCGGAUAAACUCUCAGUGAACUGAAACUGCAGUGUUACUAGGGCAGCAUUUUUGCUUCUUCUUUUAAAUGCCAAGUGUUGCAUCAGCAGCACGAAUAGGCCAAACAGAAACAGAAUGUUGUUAACAAUCUGGACGACAUCAUGGAUUUUAGAGCUCUCUGCGUCAAACUCGUGAUGAGUGUGAUCAUCCUGCUAUGUGCACAUGAUCAGAAAAUUGAUGCAGCUUCUCUUCAUAUCCUUCCAAACAGAUUACAGUUCUUUGAAUAUGAAGCAGUGACAUUUUACUGUGACGGGGUUGAUUAUUGUGAAGUUGUGCAUAAAGUCAAAGGGAAAAUAAAAACAUGUCCCAAUACUAAGAAGAGAACACCGACAGGAUCAUCCUGCACCAUCACAAAUGUUUAUCUAGAUGACAGUGGGGAGUACUGGUAUGAGACUGAAGGAGGGAUCAGAAGCAACAGUAUCAACAUCUCUGUCACUGCUGGUUCUGUGAUCCUGGAGAGUCCUGCUAUUCCUGUGAUGGAAGGAGAAGCUGUGACUCUGAGCUGCAGAAACAAGUUAACUCCCUCAGACUUCAUGGCUGAUUUCUAUAAAUAUGGAGUCCACAUCAGCAACACCUCAACAGGAAACAUGACCAUCCACAAAGUUUCCAAGUCUGAUGAAGGAUAUUACAAAUGCAGCAUUUUAGGAGUUGGAGAAUCACCAGAGAGCUGGCUCAGUGUCACAGAGACCAAGACAGACCCCUCCUCACAGCCCAGCUGUCAUAUUUACCUCGUCUUACGGACUGUGUUCACCAUCAUAAUGGUGGCUCUGCUGUUGCUGCUUGUGGGACUUCUUCACUCUGGAAAAAUCGGAGCCACAAACCCUAAUUUAAGCUCAAUCCCAUGAAAUUGCAACUGUUAUGAUACAUGUAACAGCGCAGGCAAUGGUUGUUAUGAUUAACAGAAAUAGGCAAUAGAAAGCUGUCCUCCAUUCUUCAUUGACUGAUAAAUUAAACAAUCCAAAUAUGCCAUGUAUUGUUUUGUAAUUGAACUAGAUGUGUCCAUUUGCAUUAUUUGCAUGUCUAUUAAUUGUUAUAAACAUGCGCGUAUUCAGGUAGAUAAACCUGACAGACCCACGUGGCAGUGGAUUCAGAUCCUAACAAAAGCAAUUGUAUGUUAUGUAAAAUUUUAACUUAAAUGAACUUGUUCUGUGUGCUUUGACUUUUUGUAAGUGUAUGAAUGCUGUCACAAGAAAAAAGCUGCUGAAGCUUGACCGUUAAUUGUGGUCUUUUUGUGGUCAGCAGUGAAAUAAAUCUGCAAAGUUUUACACUGACCUUUAGAUUCUAGCAAAAGGGAUUUUAGCGUAAUCCCUUUUAAUCCAGUUAUAUAGAAAUAUUUUCUUUUACUUGUUCUCUGUUAAACUCUAUUAAAUUAUAUAUUUGGUAUUCAGA